ACUCCAGUCCCUGCAGCUCUUCCCUUGUGGGAUAGAAGGCUGUUCUCUCACUCUCAUUGACUCGUCAAAGUCAACUCUCCUCACCGUCUGCCUUUGUGCGAUCAAUCUCUAUUUCGUCUCGCAUUUCCUUUUCUUUUUCUUGUUUGAAUCUAAGCCACCCAAAAAACAAUCAUGCCUCCCUCCAACGCAGGCAUCACCACAGACGCCGUCACCGGAGAACGCUUCAUUCCCUCCUCCGUUCGCCCAGAUGGCUCCAAACGCCGCGAGAUCCGCGUUCGUCCAGGCUACAAGCCGCCCGAGGACGUCGAGCUCUACCGGAACCGCGCAGCGGCGGCGUGGAAAAACCGCGGGAAGACGCCCGGGGGCGGCGUUCCUGGCGCGGAGGGGUUGAAGCCCACUACCGCCACUACCACCACCGCCGCCGCCGACAACAGCACCGACGGGGCGGCCAGCAAUAAGAAUGCCAAGCGGCGGGAGGCGAAGAAGAAGGCCAAGGCCACUACUGGGGGACCUGACGGGGAGACGGAGGGGAAGAGCGUGAGGGAUUUGGAGAACUGGCGCACUCCUCCGUCUGCGAAGGACGCGGGGUCGAAGGCUGUUGAAGACAAGGUUGAGGAGGAUCCCGAGGCGGAGAAGGAGAAAAAGGCCCGCAAUCUCAAGAAGAAGAUCCGGCAGGCGAGGGAGCUGCGCGAUAAGAAGAAUCAGGGCGAGGCGCUGCUUCCCGAGCAGCUGGAGAAGGUCAUUAAGAUUCAGGAAUUGAUUCGGCAACUUGAUGGGUUGGGACUGGAUGCGCAUGGAGAUAAGAAGGGUGAAGAGGGGGCCGCGCCGUCGGAUGUAUGAAACCGACUACACCUAAGGCUGCCUCUCCGCUGCUUGAUCAUCCUGGAGGCAAUGGGGCACGCUCGUAGACUUCCAUGGACUGGAGAUGCAGUGGCUUUACCUGGCUGUUUCGCCCUGCACGCGUGCGCCCGCCGCGGCGUACCAUAUGCGAUACGAUCCAUCUACGCGGGACGAUUUCAUGAACGUCGUGCCUUGCGACCACCACGCACAUACAUCUUGACAUGCAUAGUAUCCUUAUGGCGGUUUCUUUGCUUUCCCGAGUCGAGUCACUCUGGGGCUGCACAAUGUAUUACGGUUACUUGGUCGGCGGCGGACGGUCAGAAGAGUAAAUGGACAUGGGCAUACAUCGUCUGGCGUUAGGGACUCGUCAUUCAGCGUCAUAUCUGUACUUUUAUCUGCAUAGCCGGUCUAUCCCCAACCAAGCCUACACCACCUGAUUUCGGU